AGCCUCCGAGCCACUGCAAUAUUCGUAUUAUUGGUUUUCAGGCUGCUAGACUUACCCUGGCAUCUCGGUAACGCAAACCGACGAAACACGUCAGGUGAUCGCGCUUGGCUGCGAAAUGGCUGCGAACGGCCGUCGGCCGUUUCCUGUGUGGGCUAGCGGGUUUUUGCUGCUAGCCAACGCGCAAGCUGCCAGCGCAGGUGUGGGGGACGUCGUUUUGUGUCGGUAGCUGGGACAUAACGACGGAUUCCCGUCGGAGAAGACAAUUCACUGGCGGAUACUACGUCUGUGACCGUGCGUUGAACGUCCAAGACGAAGACCGCAAGAGUUUUGGACGUCGCCCGCCGUGGCCACGUAAGUCGCGAAUCGAGUUCCGGGGUAGCAGCUGGUCAGUGACGUUGACUAGCCCCCCCAUUCAUUCGCCGGCGGCUGUCUCAUUCAAUCUCCGGAGGCAGCCCGAUGAACAUGGGUUCUCGUGAACUACUUUCGUCGUCGAUACAGGGGCCGCGGAACUCUUGACGCGCGCGCCGUCCGCCAAAUGGGUGCGGACAAUGGAGCUUCGAGUGCCUCUGCUCGAUAACCGCGAAUCGGCGGCCAAUCCAUCCUCGAUAAUGAAGGUGCAAGAUUGGGUAAUGAGCUCCGGCCGCUUGCCGACGGCCUACCGCAUCGGUAACUCGACACUCCGCUGCCAGGUCAACUUCGUCGUGGCCGUGGCGCUGAUGGGCAUAACAUGCCUGCUGCUCAUGUACGCGCUGCUCCCAUGGGGCAAGUACCACAUCCUCGAGGACCACAUCGACGGUCCGGGCCACGAGCACGGGCACCAGCACAUCCUGAAGGAGUACUUGCCGUACAACUCCACGUACCCGCUGACCAAGCCCAUCGUGUACGGCCGCAAAGUGCGCUACAAGAUCGCCUGCAUCACCGACUUGGACACCGAGUCCAAGCUGAAGGGAACCGAGAACACCUGGGUCAGCUACCUGAAGGUCGGCUACCUCGUGGUGGACAAGACGAUGAGCGAGGUCAGCAUCGAGUGGGAAGAAGGCAUGACCAUGCUCAAGGGACAGUUUGCCAUGGGCGGCCGCGGCAUGGAGCUCUCAGAGCUGGUGGUGUUCAACGGCAAGCUCUACACCAUGGACGACAGGACCGGAGUGGUGUAUGAGAUUAGGGACAACAAAGUGAUACCGUGGGUGAUGCUCACCGACGGCAAUGGAGAGGCCACGAAAGGGUUCAAGAGCGAGUGGGCGACAGUGCGAGAAGGCGUCCUGUACAUAGGUGGCCUGGGCAAGGAGUGGACGAACAGUAAGGGUCAGGUGAUCAACCACGACCCCCAGUGGAUCAAGGUAGUGACCCCGGGAGGCCGCGUGGAGCACCGCGACUGGCGGGACAACUACCGGAGGCUCUGUGAGUGGGCAAAGUAUGGAGCCCCAGGAUACAUGAUUCACGAAGCCGUCGCAUGGAGCCAUCGCUUCGGCGAGUGGUUCUUCCUUCCCCGUCGUGCAAGCACCACAGCCUACAAUGAAGUGGAGGAUGAGGAGAAGGGCACCAAUCUCAUGCUGCGCACAGACCCUCAGUUCGCUCGUGUCCAGGUGACGAAGGUUGGACCGCUGUUGCCGACCCAUGGUUUUUCGUCGGUCAAGUUUGUGCCGAGCCUGACGCGCUCGGACCAGGACAGCAUUAUCCUCGCUCUCAAGUCAGAGGAGUACAAAGGAAAGACUGCGUCGUACAUCACUGUGAUUCGCGUCGAGGAUGGAAAGGUUCUCUACCCCGAGACCAAGAUUGGCGACUACAAGUUUGAGGGGGUUGAGUUCAUCUGAUGUGACAGACGGCUUGUUCUUGUUAAAAUGUUAGUUUGUGUGUUCUGUGGCCUCGUGAAGCCGAUAAAGGUAAAAUUUGUAUGCUGUUAAAUAUUGUAAAUGGAUUUCGUGCUCUAUCAACCUUCUUGCUUCUUGCUUUCUUUUCGCUUGAUAUAGCAGUAGAAUAUUCUCUUACCGCCGCAUGAUUGCUUUUCACCAUGGUACCAAUGAUCCAAAAGAAUUGAAAGGAAUUGUGAGAGAAAUAAAAUACUCUUCCCUGGCCUAAGUGGUGUUUGACAUGGGAGAAUUGCAUUACUGAUUCUGUAGAUGGAUUUUAUCUGGUCACUAGCCUGUGACUCACUUCAUGAAAAAGGACUUUCACCUGCUUUUUUGUCAGUAGCUAACGCUUCAUAUACUAAAGCAUGUUCUUUAAUAGCAUUUGUGUAAAGCCAUGUCUUUAUCAGCUUCACGUAGCUGUGUCCGGAGAAGCGUUUGUAGGAUCCUUGCUUCCAACCCACCAAGAGGUAGUUUGCCUUGCUGACAUAUAAUUGUAAUGACACCGAAACUCGUGAUAAUGCCUAUGGCUGCUUCAAGGACACAAUUCACCAAGUUCUCUUGCUACAAGUUUAAUUAAUAAUCAUUGAGAGAAAACAUGCUGCUGUGGCAAAUCAUUGUUUGUUAUGCCAUGUAGCUUUUCUUCAAGGAGUGGUACUUGUGUGAAGUUAACAUGCGAGGAAACUGCCACCAAUAUAGGUAUAAAGUGAAAACUACCUUCGCUUUUUGAGUGGAAAGGGAUGAAGUUUUGUCCUUUGUCCGUUCAAGUUGGUUAAGCGUUUUCUAGUCAUUGUUUCCUAGCUUCCUGCAUGCUUUUCCCAUUGCUUAGCAUCGAGCAUGAAGCCUUGACCUUUUAUUUGAACUUGGCUGCUGUCGUCUCCAGUUCAGUGCAACGAGAAUUGAAAUCAAUACACUGCUUUGGAAGUUUCUUGCUUUCCACUGGUGGCAGCUAUGCUAGCACAAGGGCGAAGCUUGUCAGUAUUGUUCUUGAGAUCUGUUAUGUGGUGCCCUCUCACUGGUACCGGUACCAGCUUUACGCUACCGGUUUUACACGUAAAACAGCUGAGUAGCAUCAAGGUUACUUUUAGUGACUGAGGUUUGGUACUUUAUAACCUACAGUGUACCCACUUAUAAGAAAGUCUUCAGAUCAGUUAUGGGACAUUCUGUCACUAGAAGCCUUACUAUCACGGUAACAAUUUUAUGCUUAUAACGGCUAAGUAGUUUCUCAAGGUUUCCUUUACCAACUAAGGUUCAGUACUUCAUAUUUACCCAUUUGUGACAAACUCUUAAAUACAUGUGGUCUUUUGUGUAGAUGGUAAUACAAAGAUUAUUGCCGCUUCAUUAGGACAAGUUGGGCUCAGUCCUCAAACUAGCCUUGCUCUUACUGUAGUGCACAUAUAGCAGCUUGUUCGAGGCAACAGUCUGAUGCUGGAACUUCAUUUGUUUAUGUACAGUUGGCCUCAAAGGUUUUUACAAUUUGGCUAUCACAAGAAAGCCAAAUUUCAGUAGCUUAGUUUUUUGCUUGCUGCCUGUAAAUUUAGUACGACGUGUACACUAUUGUAAGUCAAAUUUCAGGAGGCAUGCCCAGGGUCUAAAAGGUAUUCAACUUUUUUCCAGAUUCUACGCCCCGUAAACUUCUGGUGCCAACAGUACAGAUGUCUUGAGAUGGAUUGUCAUUUAUAUGCUGAUGCUAACUUGCCCAUCGAGUACUGUGUGCCUUUGACUGUCCAGCACAGGAAACACUGCUAAUGUCAUGCAAGGCAGGCAUGAUAUGCUUUGCUGCCUGUUGCUGACCCAAGUGAAGAGAGAUCUGUGAAAGUUUGUUUUGAAUGUGACAUGCAGUUAGGUUUGUACAGAAGACGUCAUUCAAAAGGUACUUGUAGCAUGUUUUGUUUUCAGGCAGUCUACUUGCAAGAAAUGGGACACAAGAUGUGUCGUUCCUUGCCCCCAUCCUUCUUUUUUCUUUUUUCUUUCAUUCUACUCAACAUAUCGAGACAUGCAAAUGCCCACGAAGUUAUCUAUAUACAGAAGCCACUGAAAAGCUUGCAUAUUAUGUCGACUUAUACCCCUGUCACACGGCAAAUCUAAUGUCAUUUCCAACAAAUGACAUUUGUUGCGAUUAAUGUCAUUAUCACAGCGCGCUGUCACACGGCGAAAACUAAUGUCAUUUGAAAAUGAUGACAAUGACGAUAGUAAAAAAAAGACGCCUCAAACCCACUUUUGUCCAAUAAUUAUUUUCCAAUAUGCUAAAUUCCACUAGAAUAUGUGAUUGUUGCUUUCAAACCGUAGCGUUCGAUUACUAACUUGUCGACAUUGCCAACGAAGUCGAGUCAAACCAAGCCAAAGCUAAGGCAAGCAACAGGGCGAAGAGAACGAUAGGCGCGUCCGCUACAUCUGCUAAAGUGGUACGAGAAGGGCACUUGCAUGUCAUCGCCGUUCUGAUGUGCAUGCAGGCUUCUAAUAUCCUCAUUCUUGGCACGUGCCACAGGAAAACAUGCGCACGCUUUUACGCCAAGUUAAUUGAAGCGGCCGCGGCCGAUGCUCCGGUGCGAACCAACACGACUGCUGCAGCGAAAGCUAAAGAUGGCUGUCUGGUCACUGGACUGAGAGUAGUUUUCUGUAUUUACGCACGUGAUGAACUUCAAUGUUGGUAAAGCAAUAAUUAGGUAAUAAAAUGGAUAGAAUAAUAUGGAUUUUUUUUAAAACAAAAAAGAAGCAUGUACUGUUUGCGAAACACUGGUAAACUCGUGGUGUCGAGGAUACACAUUCAGUUCCAAACGAAUGCGAAUGAGUUUGGCGAACUCAUUCGUUUGUAAAUGUCAUUUUCGAAAAUGUCCUUACGUUUUACCGUGUGACACCAAACAAAUGGCAUUAUCAGCGAAUGUCAUUCGCUGUAAAUGACAUUAGAUUUGCCGUGUGACAGGGGUAUUACUGUAUCCUCAAGUAUCCUCGCAGCUGUGAGGAUAUUGAGCGGAUAUAAGCUGGACCCUGAAUGGCAUACGUAAGCGUACAUUGAACACCCACAUAUUGCAAAGAUAGCUUCUUCAUUCAUUCAUGUUGUGCUUCCUUCCAUAACAACAUGCCACAAUCACUAUGUUGUCAGCCAACUAUGGCAUAAUGACAACAGAUGGUAAUGGUAGUUGAUAAUUAUAGCGAUAGAAAUAAUUAAUGAAAAGGGAUAGAUACAUGGGAAAAUAGUUGUCCUAAAAUGUGGCCCCAGGAAUUCAAGAGUACAAAUCUUUCGUCUUGAGACAUGCACAGUGCUUCUGUAAAUGUGAAGCUGUACUUUCUGGCGAUGAGAUUUUUGUUCUUGUUGUUCUCAUCAUGGCUUCCACAUUCAACAUAACUACCACAGGCAGCUGCACACAUUUUGAGAGCUGGAUAGCACUAUGGAACCACGUAAUGUGCUACUUGUAUUGAAUUUUUUUUUUCCUUGAAGUGGCAUGGUACGAAAUGUAGUCGUAUUUUUUAUAGGUGCUUGUGUAUAAUAGUUGCAGCAAUAAUGGCAUUUUGUGACGUUUCUUGCCCCCUCCCCCCUCUUGCUUUUCUUCUUUGUUGAAGUGGGAAUGCCGUUCCUAGAACUCGCUUUUUUGAUACCAAUUGCACAGUGCUCUUCAGAUUUUACGCUGAUUUUAAGUAUGUAGUGUAAAAUCGCCCUUUUCGAGCAGGCGACGUUGGCAUGCGUUCUACCGUGAAUAUUGGCAGAUCUGAUGCCUUUGGGAGCUGCAUUUCGUGAUAAUUAACACUGAUGCAUUAUUUGCUUUCCAAAGAGUCUGAAAACAUAGUCUUCAAGACUUUUAUUUUUCUUGUAAUCUUCAGCCACAAAUGUCCCUGUAUUUCCUCCACUGCUUCCUUUAACCAAGUAUGAAACUUAAAGUAGGCGCGCUACAUGCAAACUUCAAUUCGAGAGCACUUGUUUCUUUUCAUGUUGCACAGAAAUUGGUGCAUAAUAUGUGUUCAUAAUCACUGCAGCACAUACCCAAUUACCACUGUCUAAUUUCAUCAGCUCAGUGUUAUUUGAGAAGAACUUGUGACUGAAAGCGUAGACUGGGCAAAGUGGACAACCAGUGAGACCAAAGGCAUAGUGCUCACUUUUCCACUUCAGUGUGGAGACCGAUCCCUCUACGCCUGCUCCUACCACCUGCCUCUGUAUACUACAACCUUAUGAUCUAAUCGCCUUACCUCCACACGUCCAUUAGUUCUGAGUUUGGAGCUGCUUGAUCUAAACAAACCCAGUUCACUAUGAAACGUACUGAGCAGCAAAUUUUUGUGUGCAGCACUUUUUGCAUCACAGGUGCAGCUUCUAUGUGCCACGUGCCACAUUCGCGAGUGAAAAUGAUCAUGUAUUGGAAGCAAAAUUGUGCAGAAACUACCGGCGAUGACUGUCAUUGUAAGCGAAUAGCGGAACGCUUCUAGAAAGCUGUUCACUUUAUUAAAGGAAUGAUGCGCUUGAUGGCAUAUAUUUGUUGUGAAAAUAUUUAUGUAAAAUUUCUUGUUUCAUUGUGUAAUUCCGUAGGGAGCAAAGCCAUUAACUAGCACAUCUGUGGUAAUACAGGUAGAUGGCAUGUGUGUCUGAAAGAGCUUUAAUAGUUUGCAUUCGGCAACAAACGUGCAUCACAACUCGGUCGUGUAGAAGCAUGCACCCUUUGCGUCAGCAGUGACAGUCCAACCACCGAUCACGAAAAUGGCCAAAAGAGCAAAAGAAAGCGAUUUGCUUAAAAGGGGCCCUGAAUCGCUUUUUAUUGAAGUUGAGAAAGGCAUUUGAAGUGAAAAUAGGCUAUUUCAGUAAUGGAGUUAUUGGCAAUCAAACACAGCCUCCACUGUGCUCCCAUUCCUUCUUCAACGCCUUGCACUGCGAUAGCUAUGGUGCAGUGAGGCAUGCCCACAACGCUCCACCUUCUAAAUGUCACCAUGGCGCACAAUUCAAAUUUCAUUUUGGAUGUUAACGUAGACGCCCUGCCUUUGGCGCCUAUGAUGCGCUAAACAUAAGCCAACCAUGGUUGUCCUCAGCGAGCCGCGGUGCGCUUAUUCAGUGGACUCGUGGCAGCACCCCAUGGUGGCCGCAGUGUCUGCCAUAUAGCCGACCACAGUUUUAUGUCAGCUAUGGGCCAAUAGCAGCUGUCUAAGGGAAUGGCAAAAUAAAGCCUCCAGUAGAGAGUGAGGACAGGGCCUUCUGUUGAGAGCAUUUGAGAGAAAGGUGACUUUGUGAUCCGCUUGGCUUGGCAAAACUUGGCUGAGAUGUUCACAGCUACGUAUGCUACCUAUGGACUAUAUUAUUUCACAAAUCCCGAGGAGUGGUUCAGAGUCCCUUAAAAGAAAUGAGAGGAAAUAAAACAUAUUUUCAUUAAUUAUCAGUAAGUCUAUCAGGAACUCCUGCUACCUACAUACUGUGCAACAUCGACGGUUCAGUUGGGCUUCUCCUUGAGAUCAGUUUAUUGUACACUGUGACUGAAACCAGUGCUACAGUAUCAUUCUUCCUAGAAAACACCAUCUCCCUUUGGUGCUGUCCGCACCUCCAGAAAAGCGCAAUCGACUUGCCCAAACAUGUACAGUAGUUUAAUGUAACUUACUCAAAGUAUCAUCUGGACACUUUCAAGAGAGUCUAAGAAACGUGCCCAAGCUCACAAUCUGGUUGCGACUCUCGAAAAUAACUUUUGGAGCUCUUAAAGCAGGGGCAUGCUGAAAUUGCCUUUGCAACGUUCUAGUCACCACAUUGCAGCGGGUGCUUCACCAUUUGCAUUUAUUGUAGGGUUUGCAAACAGACUGCCACACAGCCUUUUGUUAAGCAUGACAUUGGCUGGGAUAAUGUAAGGAUUUUAUUCCAAUGGUCAUUUCUUUUUGCACUUUGUCAGUGUUCCGAGUGGUGUGUUAUCCUGUGUUAUCACAGGGAACAGACAGCCAAGAAAAGUCAAUGAUAAGUAAUAAAUGGAAUCUUUACACUAUACUGGCCCUUGUUUGUUUUGUUUCAGUUGCAGCUGUUUGUUGUUUCAAUUGCAGUGUUUUAAUUACAGCUGAUGUUAACACUCGCUGGUGUGCAUUGCGGUCAGCGUGUACUUCGAACAUGUGCAAGCAUCGGGCUGGUGUUAUGAACCACCUCAACCGAUACGUCCCGAAUUGUUAAAACGGAUUGUUUGUUGGAUUGUUUGUUGGAUUGUGUAACUUACCUGAAUUUUUUUUUAUGAAGCAUCGGACACUAUCUUUUUGUAUAAUCAAACGUAAGACAUAUUUUAAAGCUGUUCCUCUGUUUUGCAUUCAGGCAUGGGCUUACUGUUUUGUAGCUGCUUUAAUGGUUUGAUUAGCGGUAGUUAUAAAUCGUAUUUAUGCAUCUUGCCUUUAGCCUAUGUGGCAUAGCUUGGAUGUGAAUGUUUUUCUUACAAUGGUAGUUAUGCCAUGCACUUAUACCAGCUCAGUGCAAAUGAAUGGAAUUGCUAAGGCAGUCUCUGAGUACAGCCCUUGGGGCUGUGUUGCCAUCGUCAUGCCAUACCUGAAUGAUUACAACAUUGAGACAGAAAUCCACAUGCAUAAACUGCUCUUCGAGACUGCAAAUGCAGCUCAUGUUUUUUGUUUGUACGUGCUUACUUGCUGGCCUCCACUUGCCAAGGUAGGCCUUGUAGAUUUUGUUGAAAUUUAAGGUUUGUACUUUGUUUAGUGCUUAUUAGCAGGCAAUGCUCUGAAAGUUGGGGUAACUUUUCAGUGUCUUCACCUGUGGCUAAAAGAUAGCACAUUCCACAAUAGAAACGAAAGAUGGGGAAAAUAAUAUGUUCCACAUAACUUUGACUCCAUACAUUGCAGUUGUAGCAGGUGAAAAGUCACAUAGAUCCAAGGCCACUUAAUGAGACAUACAGAGGAAACAUCCCUUUAUGAACACUUUACAUGCAUAUUACAUAACUUCCAUUUAAUGAAAUGUUGACUGUAUACAUUAUAACUGUAAUAGGCUAAGUUAUCAUGUAGAUGGCAGUGUGGAUCGUAACGGCUUCACAAGGAAAUUUGCAAAAAGGUGCUUUUUUAUGACUGGGUUACCCACACAUCACCCUCAGCAUUGCCUGCUAAGAAAAAGAAUGUAGCGCAGAUCAAUGUCUGGUUUUUGUCUAAUCGAGUGCUGUGCUUCAUCAGUCGUUGACAUGUUUCAACGCAAACAUUGCAAUUCAUAGUGCUCUCUGAAGGCUGCUGCACAAUUUGGUCAUGGUAUAGCCCCUGCUCUGACAUGAAUAAACAUUUUGUGCAUUACAA